GCGGCUGCUCCCCCCCUCCGGGGCUGCGGGAAUGGUUUAGUCCAGCAUCCACAACCAGACUCGGAACACAAAGAGCAGCGAGUCGUCAGGAGGAUGCGAGCAUGAUGUAAACAUGGGACCAAACCAGUAAAAAAAAAACAUCCAUAGCUUCCUUUCCGUUGGAUUUGAUGGUUAAGGCAGCACCUGUGCUCGGACCCGCUGACGAGAGGCUGAAACCGGAGUUGCGACUUGUUUCAUUGUCGCGAUGUGGCCUCUCUUAAACUGACUGAGUGGAUAUUGUUGUUGCUCUUAUUGAUUUUUCUCAUGUACUAGUGGGUCACAAAGGAGCAGCGCCGCGAGUAUGAAGCGUUUUGGAGGUGGACGCGUCUUGAUGGCUCUCUGAGAAAGCAGCCGCCACUUGACCCCUUCCUCCCUCACCUCCUCUCUCCGCUGAACAGCUAGCUCACCACGCCUCAGACAAAAAUGGCCUCCACCAGUCCUCUGCUGGGUUUCACCGAGCUGGGACUCAAGUGUGACCAGGAGAUCGAGAGGAGAUACGAGAUAGUUCCAUCCGUGGUCUGCUCCAUGUGCUGCCUCUUUGGGAUCAUCUACUGCUUUUUUGGCUACAGAUGCUUCAAGGCUGUGCUGUUCCUGACCGGCCUCAUGUUCGGCUCAGUGGUCAUCUUCAUGCUCUGCUACAAGGAGAGAGUGAUGGACACCCAGUUAAGCAUCGAGGCCUCAGUGGGCAUCGGCCUCGGGAUCGGGACCUUGUGCGGCCUGGUGACCAUGCUAGUGCGCAGCGUCGGACUGUUCAUGGUCGGCCUGCUGCUGGGUCUGCUGGUGGGCGUGGCUUCACUGGUGGCCAUGGAGGAGUUCUACCACCCGAAGACAGUCUGGGUUCCUCUGGGUAUUCUCCUUGGUUCCGGCACAUUGUUUGCAGUAUUGACCCUUCAGUGGCAACGCUGCUUUGUCACGUUGUCCACCGCCACCUUCGGGUCGGCCAUCAUCACCAUCACUGUGGACUACUUCAUUGAACUCUUUGCCCUGGUGCACUACGUGUAUGAGAGACUCAGGGUGGCACCAAAGAAGCCCGUGUGCUGGUUCACCUGGGUCAUCUUGGGAGUGUGGCCCGUCCUGGCUCUGCUGGGCGUUCUGAUUCAGUGGAAGGUGACCGCCGAGGGAUUUUCUCACACAGAAGUGGUCCUAAGUCGGCAGCAGCGGAGAGUCCAGCUCAUGCGGAUCCGACAGCGAGAGGAGCGGCUGAAGAAGGAGAAAGAGAACAAGAAGAAGAAGAAGCGGCAGGCGCAGAAGGCCACCGUCAAGCAGAAGACGCACAACCACCACCCGCAGUACCACCACCCGGGAACCUCCCAUCACCAGACUCAGAGCUCUCAGCCACCCAAAGUCCCUCCGCCGCAGACGGAGCCCGGCUACCAUCGCAAAGCCAACCCCAAAAGACGCUUCGACGGAGACGUGCUGUCGCCGAGCUAUAUCAGGAGCUUCAGGGACAGACAGACGGACAGACGGGCGUACUCGCACAGCCGGAUGAUGAGCCGGUCCAGGAUGGCCGAACUGGACUACGACUGCGGCUCCCAGGUCCCCCUCACCGCCCCCACCGGGCCCCCGGUUCACAUCUGAGGUGCUGCAAUGCAGAGAUUCCAAAAUUGAGAUUGGAAAAUCACAAAAGCCGCUUCUUGGCUUCCGCCAGAGUUGGAGGACAGAAACUUCACCGUGCCAACGUCAGUAAAGUAAGUUGAACUGCCCGACAGACCCGACCCGCGCUGAGCCGGACGGACGGACGGACGGACGACACACCUGCAUGCCGACCUGCUCGCUUCCUCACCUCUGCCACCGUAAAGAAACUCUGGAAAUAACGACAGCUCUCGCUUCACUGCUGAUGGAGAUGAAGCUCAUUCAUUAUGACUCACAUUCCUUUUUAUGACUGAGCCAAAUCGCGGACAAACCUUUAACAGACUCUGAAGGCAGUUCAUGAUUGAAGGUCUCUGCUCAGAGACACAAAAUCAUCUUUCCUGAGGUGACUGCUUUAAAGCGAGCUGCUGGCUUGUAACCGUGGAAAUUCUGGGCUUGAAUUUUGUCAUGGAAACAAAAACAGUUCCUCAUUCGCGCACUCACUUUUCUUCAUUCAAUAUUCUGUUUGCACACACAAGAACAACACUAGAAUUAAUUUAUGAAAAUGUUUAAAAAGUUGCUACAUUAUUAGCACACAUGCUAAACUCAAGGUCUCAUUUCUGUGAGUUUAAAAUGGUUCAAUUAAAAUCAAGUUAUAGAAAUAUAUUUAUACCAUACCAACGACGAGUCCUUUGUGAGGCCAAGCAGCCGUUGAUGGUGAAAGUGUUUUGACAGCUAGUUGGCAGAUAAGUGAAUAAUAAUAAUCCAGAAUGCCCUUUAGGGGGCGUAUUUUCAUAUCCUAGAAUUAUGAACUCUUUUCCUCCACGAAAAUGGCCUUUAAAUUCAAUGACAUGGAUGGUAGAAUUAACUCCUGAACAGUUUAACGCAGGCUAAAAUACAAAAUAGUUUUGACCCAAACCAGAUUGUAUUGAAACUGUCAACUCAGUACAUUAAUAAUACACAUAUUUUGUUAUCAAAUUAAUCUAAAUUAAUUUGACUCUCAAGUUGCCGGGCGUCAACAUUAAAUAUUAACAUAUUUUGACUUCAAAUUUAGAUUAUUCUGGCUCACAGCAGCUCGCCUUAAAAGCAGCCUCCCAGGAGUUUGUUGGAUAGCCAUUGAGAUCCCACGCUGGUUUGUAAUGUAUUAUAUGUGAAGGACUUCUUUCUGUUAUUGUGUUGUAAAAUAUUCCACUGGGUUGUAUCAAGAGUUUACAAGGACACUGAGGGAAGCGUGUGCAACAGCGCCCUCUGUUGUUUACAACCGGUCAAGACGCGUACAAUCGCUUUUUAUUUCAUUUUAAAAUGGAGCUUAAAACGAGGGAUCAUACAAACUGAAGUGCUACUGAACCAACUGUGAAGGCCUUUGCAGUUUUAUUUUUGUUGCAUGAGUGUUUAAUCGUCUGUCUGUGUCUCUUUAAAUCUUUCAGGUGAAUGAAAAGCAGCUAUGAUUUGCAGGACUCUCAACUAACAACAAAGUUAUUUUUUAUUUUAUUUUGUACAGUCAGACAUUUGUGAACGCCCUUGUUUUUCCUUUCAUGGAUGGAAUAUUGUAGAUACUGAUCUGUAAAUAAUUUUUAAAUGUACAAACGUCUGACUCAUGUUAAUACCUGUUGUAAUUUAUCCUGUUGUUUUCUAAUCUUAUUAACUGUUUUCUAUUGUGUGUCCAACCGAGCCUGUGAAUCAUGAUCGAUCAAUAUUGUCGUUGAUCCUCGUCCAUCUCGCUGCCGUCCUGUUUACAUUUCUAAACAUCACUGUGUAUUAUUAGUGUUAUGAUUACUGUCAUUGUUCAGCAUGGAGUUGUAUGGACCUAAACUAUGAUAAAGUCUGUGAUUCUCUCGAUUUAUUGUGAGUCU